AUGUCACAAAACGUCGCGCCGUGGCUACAAGGCCUGACCGAGACAUGGGAGAUUCCUGCUGGCUUCGCACCUCCACCUCCGCCAGUCUCCUCCGCUACCCACGCCGCCGACAGCCUCUCCAAUGCCUCCAUACGCCAACCAAAGAAGACUCUCUCGACCCGACGUGGUCCACUACGAACACUCUCACAAAGCGACAACAACUCCCUCCGACGACUAUACGGCUCUUCAAAGCUCAUCCCAUCACGAUCCUUCUCAGGCGCCUCCGACAACUCCGUGCUCCAAUACGACACGAUUCAGCAGAGGUCGAAAAGUGCUUCUCCCAAAAAACAGCAGGAAACACUGGAAUGGAAGCGACGGCUGGUACGUGGUCAGGUCGGCUACGGCGAUCAGACUGAUCUAUUCGGUGCGAACGGACUGGAGAAUAUAUUCGCACAGACGCCGCAGAAGGACAGUGGUGCACCCAAGACGAGAAAGAGCAUGCAUUGGAUUAAUCACCCCACUGUCGAAGCUAUGCCGUCUAGCCCGCCGAUGUGGAACACGGAGCUGGACGACUCUCGGUACGACGAUUCCGUGGACGAUGGCAAGCUGGCUGCUGUGGGAGAGGAAAGCGAGGGUCUGGGUCAAGAGCAGUACGAGGAGGAGAAUUAUGAGGGAGAGCAGUACGAGGGUGAGCAAUGCGACGGGAGGCAUCAAGACGAGGAGCUGGUGGGCGAGGAAAGCUUCGACAGCAAUCCAUAUGGCAACCACGACAAUGCAGGCCGGGAACUGCAACACGAUCAGACAGCUAUCUUCUCGAGCGCUCAAAAGCUGCAGGCUGGGAGCAGGGCAGUGAGCGGUCAGACUGAGCUGGAAGAGGACUUCAGCCCUGUCUUCAUCUCAAAACACACUACAGUCAAUGGCUCGGUCGACUACAAAGCUUUGGACUCGCACAUGGUGAAGAAAUCCAAGGACAUGCACAUCGAUCUGCAGCAUCCAAGUCAAGAGCAGGGUGGACAGGUCGAUGAUAGCAUGUUGCCGAAACCGGGGAAUGGCCAUGCUCGGUCUCGAGAUGGCGGCGACGACGAAAGCAGGGCUUUGUUCGAUGAGUCCACUUUCACCGACGGCGAAUCCUUGUCAGCUGCGCCAGAUCUUUCACUUUCGGAGAAUCUUCCCACUGGUACUCCGGAGACACUGCCAGAUCGUGUUCAGGUCGGACGAGGUGGAUUUGCGGACCACGGAUCUUUCAAGAACAGGCCACUCAGUGCAUCACAAUCGACCACUGGCCUUGCAGCCAAUGCACGUCAAUCAAGCGGAUUUCUGUCACCAUUGCCGAUCCGCAGCCGCCCAUUGUCCAGCGACGACCAUCACGCCCCAAGCACGCCUGCGCAGGAUAUUGCUCCCAAUGAACCACGAUCGAGAUCGUCAGGCAGCCCUCUGAAGCUUUUCGGACCGCAUGAUACUUAUACGAGCAAGCGACUGUUGAGACGACUCAGUCAGCUGGAUCCGGAUUUGUCCAACGUCAGAUCUGAGGACGAGGAUGAGGCGCGUGACGAGCAGCAAGAUGAAGUAUUCGAAGACGACAACCCCGACGAGAGAGACGCUUCCUACGCUUCUUUCGGGAGUGGCAAGUUGAACGAUCGCCACUUCAACGCUGAAAUCACCAUCACGGGUGCAUCUGAUGAAGAUGAGAGCAGACUGGAUAGCGACCGCUCGCCUGGCUCGGAUGUCCCUCCACCUGGCAUGAAAGCUCCUCUCAAGUUCAAGUUGGAGGUCUCUCCCGAUGCCAAAGACACAUUUAGGGUCAAGCGCAAGGCUUCACUACAGACUAGCUCAAAUCACAGCUCGCGCCGGUCGACUCAGGAUCAUCGAAAAGUGUCUGCGAAGCAGCAGGUGUUCUUGAAAGCUACCGUCGAGGACGCUACUGACAUGGUUUCUUCGUUCAUUGCCAUGUCUCCCGCCAAUGGCAAGAAGUCUAACAUCCCAGUCGCCAUUGGGAAGAGAGGACCAAAUUCUCCCUUCAAAGCUCCUACACCGAAAAGGAGGAGGACACUCCACGCUUCUGAGCUCUUGAGCGACGCUGCAGAGGUCAAUCGCUCAUACCACGCACAGCUCCAGGAAGCCAUCUCCGCCACGAAAUCAAAGAUCCCUCAACCGCCCGUCUCCUUUGCGCAUCCCGACGUCCUCGCCGAACGUAAGAUUCUCCGCCCUCGCAAUCCUACCCCGGCUUCACAUCGCAGCAAAUCCCUCAUCGAGGCCGAAAUAAGAGAGGCCACUGAAGCAUUUGCGAAGGAAGACCCUUCCGCUAUGGAGGCCGUACUGGAUCAGAUGAACACUUCGAUGGCAUCUGGAAGCCCUCCGACUCUCCAACAGCAAGCCCGAGCCGUCGCAACCGAGGUUGCUAAGUUCACCCUCCGCGUCCAGAAGGCAUCAGGCGAGCAUCAGCAGCAGGAAAGAAAGAGAUCUGUCACGACACAAGACUUCUUUAACGAGGCGGUCAUGGUGAUGAGACUGAUUCGGGAGAAAGCAGGCCGGAAAAGUGCUGGGUUGGGUAGUGUCGCCGAGUCUGAUCAGGAAGCUGCUGGUACGUCACCGAGUGAGGAAAUGGGCAGCUUCAUGGGCAGGGAUAGCGAGGGCGCCAUGCUGAGGGUUUCACGUCCGCCAUCGAGAGAGGGAGUCAGUGGAUGGAGACCGAGGACAUCGCAGCACACGAAUGCGAGGGUCAUAAGCCACUUGAGGAAAUUCGAGGAGAAGGACGAUACAGAAUUCAUUGCGGCUUCCGUGGCGGACAUUCAAGUCGACGGUGGGGAGCGGGAGACCGAGAACGUCUACCAUGAGGAGGAGGCCUUCUACGAGGACGAUGACAUCUACGAUUCUCAAGAUGAGCAAUUCGUCGCAGUGGACGAGCACUCCAACAUUCGGAUCCGCGGACCAAUUGCCACCGCGCCGGAAGAUGACUCCCGCCCGUGCUCUCAACGAUCAGCGCAGUCGACACAAUCCGAUGCCCAGCAUUCCCAGGCCACAAAUACAACAUCAAGCACGAGUCGCAGCAUCAACACUUCCGGCACGAAGAAAUCGGCUGAGAAUGUUGGUAACCUGGCGCCAGAUGCCGUGGCACAUCUCAUCGGAGAGCAGGUGGGGAGCAUGGUCUACGACAGGGAGAAGAAACAAUGGGUCAAAGUCCGAGCCGUGUCUGUCGUCAAAGAGAAGGCGCAGAAGCAGAAGCGUGGCUAUGGCAGCUUCCGCGAACCACCUUCAAGUAACAUCACCAGCGAUGACGACCCAUUCGGCGAGAUCUCCGACUUGCCCGUGGACGAGCGACGGGAGCAGGAAGAAAUCCGCCGUGUCAGCGCCGCGCGAUCGAGGCGGGCGAGUACAUUUGAUGGCAAAGGCGAGGUGGAGUCAAGAGUCACAUCUCAGGAGACUGUACUUGCGCGCCCUACCACGGCCGAUAGCGCGCAUGUAUCGUCGAGGUACACGCAUUCAUCAAAGCAUACGGCGUUUGGCUCAAGUCACCAAGCUGAGACGGAAACCAGAGUGACGUCUUGGGGAGAUGAAGAGUUGGAAAGCCUGGCCAAAGAGGGCAGAACAGUCGAGGAGCAGCAGCCAUUGAAGUAUGCGGCUGCACAGGCGGCGUUGUCGUUGGAGAAACAAGCCAGGUCGAUAUUGGCAGCUCGAAAUGCGGAUGAGAGCGGCCAGGAAGACGAAAUGGUGGACAACACUGACUUCGCAUACGAGCACGACCACAACGCUCUGCAACAACUUCGCGACGACACGGCUGUUGAAGAUGAUGACUCCGACAUUGCCGACCUCGCAUCUCCCAAGCUCCGCCAGACCCCAGCACGGACACCAUAUGGCACUCAGAAAAUGAAGCAGAACAACAGGCAAGUCUCUCUUCGACGGCAGACACUCACCAACAAAAUCGCCCACCAUGAAGGGCGCGAGCACAGCGAAGUGUCCUUCAUCGCCGCCCUGCCAGGUGAACGAAUGAUGAGCGUCAACCUGAGCGUCUCCCGGCCUCUGACCCAACGCCACCCUCAGGGACAGAUCGUUGAGAUGUCAUCUCCGUCCAGGAGUCUCGAAAGGCCCUUUUUCUUCAGCGACCUCCCAGAAUUCACGAUCAGUGAGGAAGAUGAAGAGCGGCCAUCGGAAAAGCACCUUGCUCGUCGUCUGGCGCAGCAUGCCAUCGACGAAAUGGACGAUCGAUAUGCCCUGGCUGUGAAGGAUCUUGUCAAGACUCUGACGGAUGUGUACGAACAUGAGCCGUACUGGGAGGAGAUGAAAAGCUUGGACCUCCGCAGUCGUGGUGUCAACUCAUUGCACGGAUUGGAAGACUUCUGCGGCAGAGCACAAUCGAUGGAUGUGUCGAAUAAUGCCCUUUCAUAUCUCAAUGGUGCGCCUGUCACAGUGCGACAGCUGACUGCGAGGGACAAUCAGCUCUCAAGUCUGACCGGCUGGACGCACUUGAUGAACCUGCAGUAUCUGGACAUUUCGGGCAAUCGACUCGAUAACCUGGACGCACUUGGAUGCUUGGUCCAUCUGAGGGAGCUGCGGGCGGAGAACAAUGAAAUUGCUGACAUGAGCGGAAUCAUGGGUUUGGACGGACUAUUGAAGCUGAACCUCAAAGGGAACAGCAUGACUGGCGUGCUCGACUUUGAGGGCUGCCAACUGCAGCGACUGGAUGAACUGGAUUUAUCGAAUAAUUCGAUCAAGCAAGUGCGCGGUCUGGAGUCCUUGCGCUCGCUGGAAAAGCUAAAUCUGGACAACAACUCGCUGAGCUUGCCCCUUGGGUCGCAGAACCAUCCACUUCGCCGACUCACGCAUCUGUCUCUCCGAUCUUGCGGAUUGAAAACCCUCAAUGUAGCCGGUCUGCAGUCUCUGACUACCUUGCGACUGCACGGGAACUCCAUCGCUUCGAUUGCUGGCCUGUACAACGCUCUCCCGAAUCUCACCCAUCUCUCCCUCACCUCGCAGAUCCUGCCAGCUUCGACACCUUGUACUCUACUCUCCAAGCCUCUUCCAUCAACGCUGCGAGCGCUGAACCUUUCGAAUACGACCCUCCCUUCUACCUUGGUUCUGCCAUUGACGCCUCAGCCAAACGUGCAAUGUCUCGAUCUAUCGAGCUGCGGUAUUUAUGUCCUCCCACUGGAUUUCGGAAUUCUUUUCCCUGGUUUGCGAAAGCUGAAUCUCAGCGACAAUGGGCUCAAGGACAUACGCCCACUGCUGAACCUGGCCUCUUUAGAGGAGCUGGACUUGAGGAGAUGUCGAGUCGAGAGGUUCAGACUGAGCGUCGGAGUCGUCAGUCGACUGAAAGCGCUGAAGAGGGUGAACUUCCGGGGAUGCGGUGUGGUGAAUGGCUUCUACCCCAGCUCCGCAAAAGAUAUCAUCGGCGUCGGUAAAGGCGAAGUCGUCAAGCGAGACGCUCAACUGGACGACGGGAAGGAAGCAGAGGAGGACGACUGGACCAUCCACGCUGACAUGCACUCUCGCGAGCCUGAGGAUGUCGAAGCCCUUGAAUCCGCCGACGCUCUACACCUCACUCGUCUGGAUCCAGAGACAAGACUACGAAGAAACGUGUACGAAGUCUUGAUGCGCUACGCGGGCGCGAACUUGGAAGUUCUGGAUGGAAAGAGGAUUGAUGAUGGACCGCGCGGGAUGCAGGUCUCGGCGGAUCGGGAUAAUGAUGCGAUUUGGAUGAGGUUGAAGGAGUUGGGGGUGUUGAAGGUUGUGGAGAGGGAGAGGAGGGUUUUGAUGGAGAAGUGA